AUGAACAUCUUCCGAAGCUUAAUCGGCAAAGUCUGGCAAGAUCCAAAUGCUGCAGAGGUUGUGAAGAUACCUUCUGGCCAACUUCAUCUCGUGCGACCGGGAAACAUUAGAACAUCGCGCGAAUGCAUCUACAACGAUUGCAUGGCAACUGUUCGCCGCCUUCCCUCGAUUGAACACAAUUUCCAACUUGUGAUAACCAAAGUGUAUGAAGAUGGAGACCAGGACCUGCUGGAGGAUGAGGACGAGACCGAUGAAGAGAAAGUAUUCCUGAUCAGUGAAGAGCUCGAAUUCAGGCCUGGAGAGACAGACGGCGAACCUAAUUUUAUGUGGCGCGACCUUCAUGGAGAUGUUGACGAGUUCUAUGAAUUUGUCGCGGCUGGCACCAACGCACCAACUUGCGCCUUUUUCGAGACGUGCAUGUAUCGCGCCAUGUACGAACGCAAAUACAAGAAGGGUGCGGACAGUGUCCCAGAUGCAGCCUUGGAAGAGUUUAUGUGGCGCCCUCCUGCAACACCUAAGGCCAACCCAAGACGGAAGGUCUCCAAGAAAGCAGAAACUACUGUGGUCGACUCGUCUCCGCAGAAUCCCAUUGUGGUGGAUGAAGAAGAGCAACCCUCUCAGUCCUCUCAAUCGAUAAACCAAGUGGACCAACAGUUCAUGGCGAACAUGAAUGUUUUCUUCGAGGAAGAGGCGGAACUCUAUCUUUGGGAUGCCGACAGCUGGGAUUUCCGUAACGACGGAAUCGUCGUUGCAAGGAUCAUGCAGCAGAAGGAUGCUGAAUUUGUGUUCUGGCUAUCAGCUUCAAAUGACACGGGUCUGCUUCUUGCGCACACCAUAUGUUCGGAAAUAAAUCAGCGUUUCUCCCACAAAAUGCUCUCGUUGACUUGGAACCACAUCGACAGCAACGGCACUCCAAGCAGCUGGCUGUUCCGAUUCCUCAACCAAGAAGAUUUUGGCAAAGUGUUCGAGUUGUUCACCAAGUGCCAAUGGCAAACACUACACCGGGUUCCAUGGGGCAAGAUGAAGCCCGAGGAGCAAAGCUAUGUCUUGAGUUCCAAUGAGGAUGUCGAAAUGAAGGAUGUCGACGAUGAGGAAGAAGACGAAGAUGAGGUUGCUUCUGACUUGAACCCUGAUGAGGAGGCGAGCGACGAAGAGGAAGAAGAAUAUGAAGAUGAGGACGAAUCGAAGGCACCAAUCACUGGCGACAAGAACUCUCAGUUAACUGUUGGCUAUAAAGGCGAUCGUUCUUAUGUCCUUCGCGGGAACAAUAUUGGUGUCUUCAGUCGUUCUAGUGAUGGCACGGUCAAGUAUUAUGCAACAGUGAGCAAUAUUGCUACACCGAAAGGAAAGAGCUUUAAGCCCAAGAAUGUCAUGUUGCACGACCAAGACACGAAGAUGAUUCUUCAGAAUCCAUUGGAUCCCAACUCUCUGUAUAGCAUGGAUCUCGAACGCGGCAAAGUGGUUGAAGAGUGGAAAGUACACGAUGAUAUCACCGUCGACCAUAUUGCUCCAGACCAUAAAUUUGCGCCAACGACCCGGGAGCAGACGCUGGUUGGUUCAUCCCAUAAUGCUCUCUUUCGCAUCGACCCUCGUGUAUCUGGCACCAAGCUGGUGGAAAGUCAGUUCAAACAGUACGUCAGCAAGAACAAAUUCUCCGGUGUCACGACCACGGCGUCGGGUAAACUGGCUGUGGCGAGCGAGAAGGGCGACAUCAGACUAUUUGAUUCCAUUGGAAAGAACGCGAAGACAGCUCUGCCGCCACUGGGUGAUCCUAUUCUUGGCAUCGACGUGACCGCGAGCGGACGUUGGAUUGUAGCAACAACUCAGACUUACCUCCUCUUGAUCGAUACCCUUAUUGGUGAAGGGCGCUAUCAAGGACAACUUGGGUUCGACCGAAGCUUCCCGGCGACCUCGAAGCCCCAGCCCAAACGUUUGCAAUUGAAACCUCAACACGUGUCCUAUAUGGGCGACAUUUCAUUUACACCCGCAAGAUUUAAUCAAGUCGAAGGCCAAGAAGAGAACGCCAUCGUCACUUCGAGCGGCCAGUUCGUUAUCGCUUGGGACUUCGCGAAAGUAAAGAAGGGCAAGCUUGAUCAAUAUGAGAUUAAGAAGUAUGAAGACCACGUCGUUCAGGAUAAUUUCCGAUUCGGGGAUGACAAGGAGAUUAUUGUGGCUUUGAACAAUAACGUGUUGGCUCUGAACAAGAAGAACUUGAGAAAACCCAACAGGCAUUCUCUUGCACCUCAGAGCCACUCUUCCAUUGUCAAUGCACCAUUUUAG